AUGCGCGGCGCAAUUCCGACGACGCUGCUCCCGCAGCUCCCGCGGGCGCAGUACACGCUCUCGCCGCUGUGUCCCGGCGACCUCCUUGGGUAUAUGUCGGUCCUGAAGGACAUGUACAUGCCCCCGAUCCAUGGAGGUUUCACGGCCGGCGAUGUCGAGCUCGAUGAGGAGGACAAGGACGCCGAUACGCAGCCUAACAACCGGAGACGAAGCCGCACGCUCUCUGGUGGCAGCGUCGACCUCGUCCCGCCGGGUCUCGGGCUGGAGAUGGACGGCCUCAGUCUGCAAGACACGAUCAAGGAACGUGCCGAGGACGAGUUCAGCGAUUACAGCGACCACUCCGACUACGAGCAGGAGGGAGAUGAGCCGUACAACGACCCGUUCGAGCGCGAGUGGGCCGAGAAGUGGCUGAACGGCGUCGUGCGCCGAGCGCAGACCUUCCUUGAGGAAGCCGAGGAGGACGCAGAGGUGGGCGAGUACGAGGCGAUUCUCCGCGAGGCGACCGCCGUCCUCGCCAUGAUGGCGGGUACGUCUGCCGCCGGCAGUCUGACUCGACACCUCGUCUUCCCGCUUGCGCCUGAGCUCGGCCCAGCACUCCGCGCCAUGCGUCCUGCCAUCAUGCCCGCCAACGCGGACCGAAGCCCCGAGACGGCCACCUUCCUUAACAAGCUGGCCACGAGUCCCUCAUCCCCGACGGUGGGCAUGUCCGCGCUUGCGCGGAGAAGGAGCUCGCACCACAGCCACGGCUCGAGCGUCGGAAGCGACGGCUGGAAGGGCGGCAAGCGGAAACCGGCCGCUCUGCCCGUACUUCUGCACGACGCGCCGAUGAGCGACCACAUCUCCGUCGGCGUGCAAACGUGGGGCAGUGCGAUCCUGCUCGGACGCGAGAUGUCCCUGCGUCCUGCCGACUUUGGCCUGUUUCCGCGUCCGGGGCAGACGUACCCUCAUGGAGGCGGUACGCGCGUCCUCGAGCUUGGCGCGGGUACUGGACUGCUCUCGAUUCUCUGCCGCAAGCUGCUCGACCUGCAUGCUGCCACGAACGCGCUCAACACCUCGUCAUCUGAGCCUCGGACACCGCAGACGGCCUCGACGCUCACGCCCACGACGGCCGAUGCCGGCCUCGUCGUCGCUACCGACUUCCACCCGGACGUCCUCGCCAACCUCCGUGUAUGUGUGGACCUGAACGCCCCGCCCCGCUUGCCGGGUCAGGAGGCUGGACCCGGCAUCGAGAUCGCCAAGUUGGACUGGACGACGUUCCCGGGCUACAUGGCGUCUGGCGGCAAGGAGGGAGAAGAGGAGCUUGCACCCUGGCUCGACACGCCGUUCGAUCUCGUGCUGGCUUCUGACUGCGUGUACGACCCGACGCACGCGCAGAUGCUUCGCGACGUUGCUGGCUGGGUCCUCCGUCUGCCCGAGGGCGAGGACCAGGGCGGCACGAUGCACAUUCUCUCGCCCAUCCGGCCGACCUUUACGCCUGAGCUAGAGAGUAUUGACGUCGCCUUCCCGACGAUUGAGAGCUAUACGCCGCUCGCUGAGAGGAGGGCUGCCGCGGAGCAGGGCGAGGUCACGGACAAGGAGAUGAGGGGAGAGGGACUGGGGCUCAAGCAGGGUCUCAAACUUGGUGUCCGCGGCGGCAAGAGGAGUGUCCGUGGACGCAAGGGAGAGGGACGAACGGACGAGGUCGCCGGAUACUGGUGGUGGGAGGUCGGAUGGGGCUAG